GGCAUUUUUCCCUUUUGUUAAAAUAACACCACACCAAAGGUAGAGUGAAAAGGAGUGAGGCAGAAACUUCCCCUUUUUAACCGGGGGUUUUGCCCUCAUCAUUUCUUUCACCCUUGUUUUGACCAUCCCUCAUGCCCCCCCUAAGUGUCAUUUUCUUACAUACAUAUUCUAAGGGGGAUGGCAGAUUUGGCUUCUUUCCAUUUCCUUUCUCAUUUUGUGUAAUCCCUCUCCUUCUCUGUGUCCCCCACUUUUCUCUUCUCUCUCUCUCUCUCUCUCUCUCUCUUACUCCGUGCCAAACCAGUGCAGCAUGUCUGUAGAGAGAGGGGACACCUUUGUUUACAUUCCCAAUCUCCAUUGUUUUCCCAAUCCUCCUCUUUCUCUCUCCUCCAACUCAAGCUUCGAUCUCCGAGCAAACCAACAUGUCCUCCUCCUCUUUCUCUCUCUACAAACCUACCCUCAUCCGUACCUCCUCCCUUAAAUCCCUCACCCCCAUGUCUUCUAAUCCCUUCUCACCCUCAUCUUAACAGUAGAGAGAGAGUGCAAGAGAGGAGCAACAUCCCCAAAAGAGAGAAGCAAGACGCCCCAAAAUAGUUAGCGAGAGAGCAAGAGAAGGGCCCAUCGAAUUGCUUGAUGAGUGUUGAACCUGAAAAUUGAGGAGCUUUAGGGUGAUUUUGUGAGUGGAAAAAAUGCCUACACAGGGGGUUUUCAUGGAGCCACCACGCUCUCUGCCGGAUCUCUCGCUGCACAUAAGCCCUCCGAACAGUGGCGCCACUCCUUCGAAUUGCAGCACCGAGCUCUCGCUCGCAAACCCUAGCGCCCCGCAAGAGAACCAGGAACCCCACUUUCUCUCUCUACCCCACUUCCAAAACCACCACCAGAACCACCCCCAUCAUAUGCCUUCUUUCUCUCUCUUAGAAGUCUCUGAGGGCCUAAGGCCCAUAAGGGGAAUACCAGUCUAUCACAACAGGCCCUUCCCUUUUGAUGAUCCAAAGAUGGGUAGUAGGCUUUACCAUCUCUCUUACCCCUCAACCUCAUCUUCUUCUCUCUCUAACUCUUGCUCAUCUCCUAAUCCUUGUUCUUCUUCCUCGGCUUUGGGGCUCGACCCCAUGGCCACCAUUUUGCAAUCGAGCUCAGCUUCUCAAGCCCAACCCUUUCAUUCAUUGAGGUUUGGGGGUCUAAGUAGUGAAACCCUAAAAUCUCAUCACCAUAAUCAUCACCAUUUUGGUGGAGUUUCAGACGCUUCUUCACAUGCGAUGAGGUCAAGAAUUGUAUCGAAGUUGCCUACAAAGAGGAGCAUGAGAGCACCUAGGAUGCGGUGGACUAGCACUCUCCACGCUCGCUUUGUGCACGCGGUCGAGCUCCUCGGUGGUCAUGAGAGAGCUACUCCAAAAUCGGUGCUGGAGCUCAUGGAUGUGAAAGAUCUUACACUUGCUCAUGUAAAGAGCCAUUUACAGAUGUAUCGAACUGUUAAGACCACUGACAAGCCUGCGGCCUCAUCAGGUCAAUCUGAUGGAUUUGAUAGUGGAUCAGCCGGAGAAGACGAUUUUGUUGCCGGAAAUUUGGCCGGAAGUGACCGGAAUUUGGGGGCUUUUGGUUUUCAAGGAGAGGUUGAUUACUCUAGUACUAAUAAUUCUCAUCCUCCUGCUCCUUCGUUGUGGAGUAACUCUUCAAGUAGGGGACCUUGGUUACAUACCACUUCAAGUGAUGCCGAGAGUAUUAGAUCCCCAGCCCUUCUUUUGCAGGAAAAAGAUGGGCAUCACAUUGAGGCAAAAGGAAAUAACCAUGACCUCAAGAACCCCAGCUUGGAAUUUACCUUAGGUAGACCAGGAUGGCAUGGCAAAGACCGUGAUUGAUUAAAAUUGACAGGAUACACAACAGGGGACGGAACACACAAAAAGCAGAAGCCGUAGUCGUAUUAUUAUCACUCUGUUUACUGUCUCAUUAUAUUCACCUCAAUGGGAAUUGGUUGUAUCCGACAUAUUGCAUAUGUCCUUUUUAAGGGUAUUUGUAUCCUGCACAGAGAUCUUUAUUUGAACGUCACCCAUGAAGAGAAAUGAAGAAAGGGAUAUAAAAGCUGCAUCCUCCAUGAAAAUCUGUGGAAAUCAAACAAGGAAAGUGAGGAAACGGGAGUGAGGAGAGAAAGAGAGAAACAAUGUAAACAUGUUCUUCUCUUUGUUUUACUACUUGGUGACCAAUCCCAUCUUUCUAUGUUGCUCAUUUAUUUCAAUGUAAUGGGCCCUUUAUGUCAUCGGCUCAAAUGAAAACUUGAGAAUUGAGGCUUCCUCUUUACAGUUACUCUGCUCUAGUGGCAAAGGAAGGGAGAAGAAAAAUAACUUUUCCUAUGCAAAUGCAAAGAAAUCAAAUCUGUUGUAAGUUGUAAGCUUGUGAAGAGGAUCUUCUUUGGGAGUAUAUUUACAUAAAAAAGAUACAGUCAAUUUAGCUUAA